GAAAGAUCGCCUCGUAUGUCAUCGCUCGCGUUCUUACCUUGCACUUUUACAGGACCGCACUCGUCGAACGUCCCGGAUGCAGAGAACGUCCAAUCGGCGAUGAAAACGUUGUCCUAGCUUUACGCUGGCCGGCCUCCGACAUCGUAGCAAAGCGGGAGUUUGUCCCCCCCUUUUUUUUUCCUGUGCUGCUUCUCGACCUUUCAAGCCCCUUCAACGCCUGGGACCAUCUUGAGCGGACUAUGUCACUGUGGUUGUCGCUGAGUUGGGUGUUGCUGCAAGCCGCCAUCUUGGUGUUGGCAGCGAACCUCAAGUGCGGAUACUGGACGUGUCCCGAGGCGAAGCCUGGUGUGCUGAACUUCCACGUGGUCCCUUACUGGCGGCUGGAGGCGUCGGACACGUUCGAGAACCUGUACGAGAACUGGGCCAAGCCCACCCUGUCCGCCGUCGUGGACGAACUCUCGCCAAACUCACCGCGGCGCUUCUCUUUCGACCAGGUGACGUUCGUGGCCCGCUGGUGGGACGAGCAAAACGUCAGCUCCAGGACUCGGAUGCGCCGCCUGGUGGACUCGGGCCGCCUGGAGCCCCUGGGCGGCGGCUGGGUGCAGCCGGACGAAGCGAGCUGCCACUACUCGGCGCUGGUGGACCAGCUCACGCUGGGCAUGCGCUGGCUGCAGGAGAACCUGGGCGACUGCGGCCGCCCGCGCGCCGCCUGGCAACUGAACACGUGGGGACACUCGGUCGAGCUCGCGUCGCUGCUCUCGCAGGCGGGGCUGCACGGCUUGUUCCUCAGUCGCCUCCCGGAAAACCAGGCGUCUCACUUCGUCUGGAAGGCUGACGCCAGCCUGGGAGAGGUCGGUGAAAUCUUCACGGCAGCAGCGCGUCUAGGCUGGCCCGAGGGCUACUGCUUCGAUGCCGAUUGCCCGAAGGACAAGCUGACGGUGGCGAACGCCGUUGGAAGAGCGGAGAAUUUUAUCAAGAUUGUGGCGUCAAAGGCAAGAAAUUAUUACUUUUCUUCUCGAGUGUUACAACUGCAAACGUCCUUGCUAUUCCCAUCGUUUUUAAUGCUAAGGUUGAUUAGCGAACCCUCGCAGAGUGGACUGGCCUCACGUUGCUUCGGCUGUUUUAACGAAUAG